AUGUUUACAGGUUUCCUUCAACUAACAACAGUGCCCGAGACUUUAUCGCAUAUUUUAACUAGUAGAUUACCACCUAUGAGUUCAGCUUUUAGAAGGGCCAUCAGUGAAAUAACCGCUUCAUUAAACGAAAUAAAUCCAAUAGUCGAUCGAAUAAUGGAGGAUGAAUCUGUGGAGGGUGUUAUUAUGACUAACCAAGAAGGGGAACCGAUUUUAACUAACAUCAAUUUAAUGAAUGCAACCAACUAUGGGAUUGCUAUGAGUAGACUAGGUGCUAUGACACAAGCCUCUAUUAAAGAUUUGGAUCCUUUCGACGAAGUAUUAAUUUUGAGAGUGACAACAAAGAAAUUAGAAAUAAUGACGGCACCGCAUUCUGAAUUUAAUGUCAUCGUGAUGCAACAUUCUAGAAUUAAAAGCAAACAUAAAACUUCCAUUGAUGACAACUCCCUGAAAUACAGAUAA